UCUCUCGAGGGUUCUUCAUAUGAGUAGAUGGUUCUCGAUGUUCUCAACCGAACCACUCCCGUCAAUUAGUGUCGAUCUAUUUCGGUAUACGUGGUCAAAUUCGAUUGGAGUAGAUCGGCGAUAUGAACGAGUAUUUUAAUGGAGAGACUUUCGAAAUGUUUCUCCGGAAUGUGAUUCGAUAACUUCAUAGACAGACUUUCGAAGCGUUUGAUGUCUCCAAUGAUUUGGAUCGCAAAUCCAUCUGGAAAAAGAAGAAUCUAGACGAUCUGAUCCAAUAUCUACGUGGAGAAUUUUUGAUAUCGCGUCAUUUGUUAUUCAAAGAACUCGCUCUUCUCUUUUCCAUUAAAUAUUUCAGAACGUUAAAACUUCGCCGAUGUGCCUGGACGUGCCUGCAGCAUGAUUAAUCUAUCUUGAUUGAAUCUGACAUUGAAGAGAUCUGUUAAUGUAAAUGCGCAAAUAACUGCGUAGAAAAUUGCAGUUUUUCGUGUCUCUUAGUUUUCGUCCUGAUCAACAAAAUGGAUUUUGGCACUCUAAUCUCUGUUGCUCAGAAGAAUGAAACGAAAAAACAGUCUGUGCCAUGUUAUCAGACAAAAUUUACACCACCAAAGAAACAGUCUAAACAAUCUAAAACUCUUUCUGAAAAUAUCAAGAAAUUUUUGGCUCGAAAGGAAGAAGAAGAAAGAAAGAAAGCCUUAGAGGAGAAAAGGAAGAAGGAAAAUCUUCUAGCUUUACGAGAUCAAAAGGCUCAGAAUAGGAUAAAUAAACAUUUGAAAGUGUGUAAAUCAGCGAAUAAAUCUGUAAUUGAGGAUGCCAUUGAUAGUGAAAAUACAGCUAUUACUAUUGCAGGUCCAUCUCAGCCAGAUGAAGAUGAUUAUGGGUACGAAUCUCAAGAAGCUUCUGCAUUGUACAAUCAAUUCAUGAAUAAAUAUAAUAGUUUGCCCGCAGAAAAGCCUAUUUUGAGUAGUGAGACAAGAACCGCAAAGGAUAUUGCAUCUACAAAGGACAGAGUAAAACAAGCUUUGAAACAACAAGAACUCGAGGAAAGUAGUGGGCAUAGGAGAAAAAGGAAAUCAUCUGUUUUGAAUGCAAAAGAAGCUACAGUCGAUGAAAAAGUAAUAUCUGAUAAAACAGAAAAGAAUAUUAUUAGCACAGAUAAAGAAGAUAAGGAUGAAAAGCCGAAAGUAAAGAAGAAACCGAUGCCACCACCUAUGGGUUUCGCGGAGCUUUUAAAACUCGCCGAAAAAAAGCAGCAUGAACCUGUAGUUAUGGAAGUUAAACCAAAAGUCGAAAAUGAACGACCAAUGACGAAACGUCAGAAAAUAGAAUAUAUACAAGAGAAAGAAAGGAGGGAACAACGUGAAAAGAAAGAUUUAGAAGCCAAGAAAACCAGCAUCACAGGUGCAUCCAGCAAAUCUGAUAAAGCACAAUUAAAUAAGAUUCCUAGGACUAGUGAAAAGCUUGUAGUCUCAAAUCCAAUGCCAAAUAAAAACACUGUUAAGAUUUCAACGACCAUUCCUAAACGAAUUAUUGAUAAAUCCGACGAUAAACAUGUAGAAAAAGCUAAUUCGAGCAGAAACUCGUCUAAGAAUGAAUUAUUGGAAGAACGGAAAAAAUUAGAAGCUGAGAGAAAACAACUGGAAGAGAUGCGACGCGCUAUUGAGGAAGAAAAAAGGAAAUUAGCACAAAGUAAAAAUAAUUUGGAAGAUAUAAAAUCUCAGUCUUCUAAUAAAUUAAACGUGAUUAAAUCUAAACCUGUAGAUAAGCAAAUAUCAGCUAAGGAUAUUAAGCCGCGGCAAUUUCCACCUUUAGAUGUAAAAUUGCAAUCCUCAUUAGCCAAUAAUAAACCAAAACAAUUUCCAUCACCGGAUGUUAGACACAUGAAAUCUAAGACGCUCAUCAAGAAAGCACCCAAUAAAAGACGUAUUUACGACGAUGAGGAAGAUGAUUCAGACUUGGCUGAUUUUAUAGAUGAUGGACCAGAAGAUAAUGAAGAAAAUUACAGUAAACAUAUUAGUGAAAUAUUUGGUUAUGAUAAAAGUAAAUAUAGAGAUACGGAUGAUGAAGAUGAUACUGCCAUGGAAAGUAAUUUUGCACAGCAAUUAAAAGAAGAAUAUAUAUCCUCUAAAAUAGGAUAUAUGGAAGAUUUAGAAGAUAUGCGUUUGGAAGCAUUAGAGAAAAAAAGAAAAGCUCUUUCAAAGAAAAUCAAGAAAUAGUAUAUAUUAUUUCAAUUUU